AUGCGUCCUGGGCGGACCGACCUCGACGCCGAGGGGCCACGGGAGGGCAGUGGCGGGUGUGCGUGUGCGGAGGUAGUGUCUGAUAUCGGACGCGGGGGUGUCCCGAGAGGGUGCGCGGUGCGGAGGGUGCAUGAGGAGGGAGACGAGGCCGCAGGGCGCAAAGGAGUGCAUGAAGCGGGAGAGGCCGGGGAGGCCGGACCAGGAGAAGUGGAGCAAGACGAAGCGAUGGAGGGCGCGGAGAGAGGGGUGCUUGGAAGAGAAGUGGCCGUGGGCAUUGGUGCGGAGGGAGUGCUCGAGGGAGCGUCUCCAAUGGGCAAGAUCGGAGUUGGAGUGCACGAGCGAGAGGAGGGCGUCGCCGAAGCCAGCUCUGGCGGCAUCGAUGGCGGUUUUAAUUCCGCAGUGGGGAAUGCCGGAGUGAUAGUCACCGGAGGACAUGAGAGCGACGAGGAGGAGACCGGAGCGGUCGAGGCGAGAGUCCUGGGUGAUGCGAGCGAGGCGGUAGAGCGAGACGUGAGAGGAGCCGGAGGGGGAGGAGGGGUCGGAAGGAUCGGAAGGGUUAGGGCCCCAGUCCUUAAUGACGAGGUCGGAACCGAAGAGGAAGCAAUCGACGUCCUCGGACAUGACGGCGUCGACAAUGGAAUUCUUGCGGAGGAGUGCACACUCGGCCUCGGCCUCACCGGGGGCGAGCCAGACGGGGAAGCCGAAGAGCUUGAUGAGGCGGACCAUGUCAGCAAUAAGGAAGGCGGACUUGCGUAUUGUCUUCUUUCUCUUGAAGAAGGGCCUAUGGGGGCCGUCGAGCACGAAAACGGGGAGGAUGCCGAGGAUUCUGGCCGCCCUGAGCGGCACGGACCUGGUAAAGCCAUAUGGAAGUGUCGAUACCGAGUCGGAGGCCCCGGGGAGACCGGUGGUCUGAGAGAUAGGCAUCGGAAGCGAGUUUUGCCAUACAGAUCCGCUCCUUGGACUGCUCAAGGGAAGCCCAGAGGCCGGGGAUCCCCAUUUUGUGGAGGAUAUGCGUGGAAUAUGCGUGGUUUGCUUGGUUUUCAGCAAUACUUUGGUAGUUUUGUUUUUAAAUGUUUUUGA